UCGUGUCACGCGCUUGGAACGACUAACACGUUGGCUUCAUGUCGUUCGGUCUCGUUGAUCAUAACACGUGUGAUUUGACAUUCAUCACUCGUAUAGGGUAUCAAAAUAUUGACCGGAAUUGCUAUUACAUUUUUAAAAUUUUAAAAAUGACAAUUUUGUCCAUUUUAUUAAUUUAUUUUUUCAGACUUGCCCAUGUCUAAUUCACAAGUGCGUUUCCUUUGUAAUAAUAAUUUGAUAGAAGUAAAAAAUGUAAUUUUUUUCGAUAUCUUAUAUACCAAACUCGUUUAAUCCAUUUGAUUAGAAGUAUAUUUGAGAACAGGUUUUGGUUUGAAAAGAAAGCCGGUGUCUAGUUUCCAGAGUGUAAAUUGAGGCGAUGACAAUAUUAAUCAUUAAAAAAUAAUAAAUGCCAUGAUGGAAAAAUAUUGCACUGUAGCUGCGGUAAUGGCUUUUGCACUUAUUCUGACCAAGAUAUUGUGUGAUGCAGCCGAAAAUGUCGAUAUGAAUAAUUUUCGUCAAUUUUGUACUUGUCCAAAACCAUCAUCGGAUAUAAAAGAAUUGCAAUGUACAUGUAAUGACAAUCAACUUGAAAAAAUCCCAAGAAAUCUUCCUUCAUUUUUACAACAAUUGACAAUCAUAGAUGCAGCCAUUGAAAAUUUGGACAAGAAUUCGUUUUCUAUGUAUAAGCAAAGCCUUACAGAUAUAAUAUUAAUGAAAUGCAAAAACUUGAAAACUAUAGAAGAUGGCGUCUUUGACGACAUGCCUCAUUUGCGAGCAAUUUAUAUCAGUCACGCGCCGAACUUAAGGAUGAUUUCGCCGUCAGUGUUUAAUGUUACACUGCCUAACUUAAAAAUUGUGAGAAUUGUACAAUCCGGCCUCGAAGAGUGUCCAAAUCUUGGAUCACUAAAAACAAAUAAACCUCUACAUAUGGUUGAUCUUGAAAACAAUCAUAUUCAACGAGUAGUUCGAGGAAAAAUGCCAGUUAGCGCUGAAAUAUUACUUUUAAAUUACAAUUCUAUAACUGAAGUUGAACCGUCGUCGUUUGACGGAUCACAAAUCGCUAAAAUAAGUCUUCGAGGCAAUUUGCAGUUACAAAAACUCGACGCUAACGCUUUUAUGGGAAUCAAAAGCCUUCGCACUUUGGAUUUGUCCGAAACGUCCAUUCGACAAUUGCCUACCAGUGGACUGGAAGAAUUAGACGUACUAAAAAUUGAACACACGCAUACAAUGGAAGUUUUCCCUUCAAUCUACAAUUUUAAGAACAUUCAAGAAGCAUGGCUAACAUAUCCCUACCACUGCUGUGCUUUUCAUUUUCCAGAAACACACAGCCCAAAAGAAUAUGCAGAUCACGAGGUAUUCGUCAAAAAUAUGUUGCAACAGUGUCAAACUAUGACAUCAUUAUCAGCCCAGGCAAUUUUGAAGCCAUCCGAAACAACCGAAUCUGAGUCUUUUUUUUCUGAAGAUGAUGAAACAUUUCAUUCGAAUGAUGUUACAGUAGGAACUCAGUUCGAAGCCGUUUGUGGAAAUGUAUCAAAAAAUUACCGAGCAGUGAGGUGUUUUCCUGAACCAGAUGCUUUCAAUCCUUGUGAAGAUCUCAUGGGAAAUUGGACACUUCGAAUAGCCGUUUGGGUAGUAGCUGUUGCCGCAUUGCUUGGUAAUAUUGCUGUGCUAUUUGUAUUACUCAGUAGCCGAUUUAGGCUUACAGUUCCCAAGUUUCUAAUGUGCAACUUGGCCAUUGCUGACUUUUGCAUGGGCUUAUACUUGUUACUCAUUGCCAUCAUGGACGCUCGAUCUAUCGGACACUACUUCAAUCACGCAAUAUUCUGGCAAAGGGGUAUUGGCUGCCAAGUAGCUGGUUUUCUUACCGUUUUUUCGUGCAUGCUGUCAGUAUUUACUCUUACGAUAAUCACCGGCGAAAGAUGGUACACAAUUACCUACGCAAUUCACUUAAAUCGACGUCUUAAAUUAGGCGCCUCCAUGAAAAUAAUGGCUGUCGGUUGGUUAUUCUCGAUACUAAUGGGCGCACUGCCUCUACUGGGUACUAGCGGCUAUUCAAAAACAAGUAUAUGUUUACCGAUGGAAAAUUCCACUUCUACUGAUAAAUUGUACCUAUUUUCUUUACUCAUGUUCAACGGCAUUGCAUUUGUGGUGAUUUGUGCAUGUUACGCGAAAAUGUACAUAUCAAUUAGGGGUGGAAGAGAAGCUGUGGCUUCGGUUGCCCGAUCCGAUAUGACAGUGGCGAAACGUAUGGCCCUGUUAGUAUUCACUGACUUUGCGUGUUGGGCACCAGUGGCCUUUUUUGGACUCACCGCAUUGGCUGGCUAUCCGCUAAUUGAUGUGCCCAAGACGAAAAUUUUGCUCGUCUUCUUCUAUCCACUUAAUUCUUGCGCCAAUCCAUACCUGUACGCGUUGCUUACGCAACAGUAUCGCCGAGACUUAUUUGCAUUACUCGCUCGGUUGGGAGUUUGCAACGAACGAGUCAAUGAAUAUAAAGGAGGACCGGGCGGUGCAGGGGGUGGAAGAAAUGGCAAGGCAAUAAGUGGUGGCUUCCGAAAGACUUACCACGAUACGCGAUAUGAUAGGCGGGUGACCGGCGACCAAGCACUUAACAGCAGCAAUCACCGUGGGUCCCUCAUGACAACUGUAACGUCCGUCGACUCUGUUGUUGCUUCUACUAGACCGGGUUCCCUGACGCCUUUACAGGAGAAUACAUCUAUUAAUAAGUUACAGUUAGAAUUGUUACCCUUGCAACCAGUCGUGAACACUUGACAAAAUCCUUGAACAAGACAACGAAUCCAAAUUGAUAACUGUAUAUUGUAUUUCAAUUGAACAGUAAAGAACAUACAAAUUCUAUUGUCAUUAAUUUAUGUACAAUUUUAUCAAGUAAGCAAAGUAUAUUUCAUAAGUAUAAAAUUUAUAUUUUAAUAAGACACUUCUAUUAAAAGUUAAGUCGAGAAACGCUUAACACUUCUAACAAAAUAUCUUUGCCUAUUAUUAUAUUGAAGUUACCAUACAGUUUAAAAUAAAAUAAAUUUCGUGACUAAGUCAAAAAACAGAUGAUGAACAAACGACUUCAAUUUUUUGAAAGGAAAGAUAUUAACUAACCACUGAUCUAUUGACAACACAAUGGUUUAAUUAUGUUUUUGUUCUGAGGAAGUAUACAAAAGAAAAUGUUCUCAACAUGAUCAAAUGACUAAAAUAUUUUAAAUACUCCUUUCAUUAAUUAUUUUUCACUAUAGCCUCAUGUAUUCGUAUCAAUUAAGAAUUUAUUACAUGGGACUUAUGCCUCCCUGUCCUCCUAAAAAUAUCCAUAUGUUUGUAUAUAUAGUUAUCUACGUGUUUUUUACUAUUAUAAGUAUCCUGAGAGUGAAAAUGGUCAAUCGGUGGUGUAAUAUAUUUUCAUUUAUCAUAUAGAACAAACACAUAAAAUAAAAUAUGUUUUUAUUUUAGACAAGUUUCUAUAAUAUUAACUAAAUUUAUCUAAAAAAAAACCUAAAUAAGGUCAUUUUGAUUUUACCCACCUCAGAUGAAAAACAAAACCUUUAGGACCAAAUACUUUGACCACUACUACUGAUAAAUAAAAUUAAAAUGUCAAUAUCUGUUUGUGCUAUAAUUCGUUUCAAAUCUAUAAAAUUUUAUCUUUUAUGAUUUAAAAAUAGUAAAAUACAUCUUAUAAUGAGCUCAUCGUCGAAAGUCUUUAAUUGAAUACUUAAUCAAUAUCAUAAGUCUUAGUAAUUAAAUGUCCUAAAUUAAAAUUAUGUAAAUUUAUAUUGUAUAUAAAUUUAUUCUUUCAUAUUUUAUAGUGUGUUAAUAAACAAAAAUAAAGUUUUCUAUUAUAAAUUUAAGUGUUAAAAAAAAAAAAGGUUUAAAAAAAUGUUUAAUAUUUAAUAUUAUUGAUUUGUUACUUGGAUAUCUAAUUUAUUAGAAUAGCAGUUAAGAUAACCCAUUUAUAAAUGUAGCAUUAUAAAAUAAAAUGAAGACAAUUUAAGUGUUUGGACUGUUAAUUUAAGUUCUAGUUUUACAAAAAAAAUAUCAUAAAAUCAAUGCCUAUGAACUUGAAUAACUAAUUUAAAAAUCUG